UAAAUAGCAUAGAAAAGUUAAAACUCAUAGCCAUUGAAAAUUUAUUCAAUAAACAGUUUUACAAAGAUGUCGCUUGUUGCAGCUACGAUUUCAAUUUGGCUAAUAAUUCCGAUAUUAUUAUUAUCGGGAUGGAGAUUACUGGACUGGAUUUGGUUAAGGCCGAAGAAAUUAGAGAAGCUUUUAAGACGGCAAGGUUUCGCCGGAAAUUCUUACCGGAUUCUUCACGGCGACUUGAAGGACAUAGCCGCCAUGAGAGAGCAGGCCAUCUCCAAGCCCAUGAACUUCUCCAAUCAUAUCGCUCCACGUGUCAUUCCUGCUGUUUAUCAUACUAUUCAGAAUUAUGGCAAGAAUUCAUUCAUGUGGUUGGCCCAUAACCAAGAGUGCACAGGCAUGGACCCUGAACAACUUAAAUUGUGUUUCUCAUGA